AUGGAAUCGAAGACUACCGUUAGUUACACUUUAUUCCUCUAUCGUGAAGAAUUGCGACGCUCUCAAUGCCGUUAUAAGACAUUGAAUCGUACAAAACUUUCUCUCACCGAUAAAUUAAUUACGAAAAGUGUACGCAAUUUAAAGAAAUGUUCAAUGUCAGAUUUGCAAGUCAUCAAUCGGGAACUGGUAUUCAAAAAUAAAUUGAAACAACAAUUGAAACGUAUUAGACAACUGGAAAAGAUGGGCAUGAAAAAUGUUAAUCCAAUUAAAUAA